GCUGACCCCAAUUAUCGCGUUCGUCUCACGACACCACUACACAUGGCUGCGAAACAGGGUGAUGCAUUAAUGAUAUGCUAUCUUUUGGCCCAUGGUGCUCAUCCCAGUCCCGUAGACAUGAACAAUAAAACCCCUCUGGACUACUCUACACAAGGUAGCUUGGUUCACACGAUAUUGGAAGACGCUCAAAAUAAGGUGCCUUCAUUGCAAGCACUCACUCGUUUGGCUUUUCGGCGUGUUUUACGUCGUUUGAACAGAGAGGAUAUGAAGUUGCUACGUCUUCCCCAAUGCCUAUGUGAUUACAUGACGUUCAGCCUCCUGUAA